AAUUUUUAUAAAUUUAUAUUAUAACCUCUCAUUUUGAUUAGCGCGCGUAUAAUAGUUCAGUAUUUAUGACAUUUCUCAACAUGGCAGACGUACCAAGUACAGCACCAGAACAUUGUCCUGGUACACAAAGUGAUCAUGCCGGUAAAGCAUCCGCUUGUGCGGGAUGUCCAAAUCAAGUAUUAUGUGCGUCAGGUGCAACGAAACAACCAGAUCCUGAUAUAAAAUUGAUUAAAGAAAAAUUGUCUAAUGUCAAACACAAAAUCCUGAUUUUAUCUGGCAAAGGUGGAGUUGGUAAAAGUACAAUGACUUCAUUGAUAUCUAGAGUCCUGGCAGAUAAUAAUCCUGAUAAGAAUAUUGCUGUAUUGGAUAUUGAUAUUUGUGGUCCAUCACAACCAAGGAUCUUAGGAGCAAUUGGAGAACAAAUACAUCAAAGUGGUUCUGGCUGGUCUCCUGUGUAUAUCGAGGAUAAUUUAUCGUUGAUGUCAAUUGGAUUUUUACUUGAUAGUCCAAGCAGUGCUGUAAUAUGGAGAGGGCCUAAAAAGAAUGGUAUGAUACGACAAUUUUUGUCAGAAGUUGAUUGGGGUAAUUUGGAUUAUCUUAUACUGGAUACACCACCUGGUACCUCGGAUGAACAUUUGUCGGUAACAACAUAUUUAAAAGGUGCCGGUAUAACUGGUGCCAUAGUUAUCACUACACCUCAACAGGUUGCUUUGUUGGAUGUGAGAAAAGAAAUAGAUUUUUGUAACAAAGUAAACAUUCCGAUAUUAGGUGUAGUUGAAAAUAUGAGUUUGUUCGUAUGUCCUAAAUGUAAGAAUUCAGCAGAAAUUUUUCCGGCACUGACAGGUGGUGGUCGUGCUAUGGCCGCUGAUUUAAAUAUUGAUUUCUUAGGAUCAUUACCAUUGGAUCCAUUGAUUGCAAGAUGUUGCGACGAGGGAAAGAACUUUUUAACCGACAUUCCAGAAUCACCGACAAUCCUAGUUUUACGGGAAAUCGUUAAAAAGAUCGUACGUAAAUGCGAAAAUGAAAAGGAAAAUAAUGCAAUCGAAAAAACCUAAGAGAUUUUUAUGCUGAUAUAAAAUAACAAAUUUAUAUUGUAUUUAAAGUAUAUGUUCAUAAAAAUUAAAUAUUUUAUUUCUCCAAUAA